GAACGCGGUUGUAAACAACAAAAUAAUUGAUCUAACCAUGGAAGAAGUUGCUCCGAGACCAAAUGAUCACUGGAAACGGGCAUAUCUCGGUCCGCUUCCGGAUGAGUUUCUGCGUGUAACAACACCGCAAGAUAUUCAAGAGGUCUCGGAUAGGCAGGCCGCCUUGGCACUUCAAACUCACCACAAUUCCUACCCUCCGUACAUGUCUUCUAACUUUGUCGGACGCCUGAGCAUCACCAUAGCGCAGGCAAAGUUGGUAAAGAACUAUGGCAUUACGCGUAUGGACCCGUACGUGCGCCUUCGAGUGGGCCACUUUGUGUACGAAACGCAAACGGCACCGAACGGAGGCCGCAAUCCGCGUUGGAACCGGGUAAUCUACUGCCAGUUGCCGGCCGGUGUGGACACGAUUGCGCUAGAGGUGUACGAUGAGUGUAACUUUUCGAUGGACGAGCUGAUCGCUUGGGCAGAAAUCCGCAUCCCGCAGUCGGUGUUGCGUGGAGAAACGCACGAGGAUUGGUUCCCUCUGAGCGGCAAACAAGGCGAUGGGCUUGAAGGUUCCAUUGAUAUGGUGAUGAGCUUCAAUAAUGUGAUCGUUCAACCACGCAUGAUCCAAACCAAUGCGCCGGUCAUGUUGGUACCCAAUGUUGCCAGUGCCACACCGAUGCCGGUGUUCGUGGCACCGAAUCAACCGCAGGUAGCUCGACCGCCACCGGUUCUGUCGGACGAUGAUUUGACCCGUAUCCACGAGAUGUUCCCGCAAAUCGAUAAGGAGGUCAUCAAAUCGGUCGCAGUUGCCAAUAAUCAGGAUCGCGAUGCCGUUAUCAAUGCCUUGCUUCAGAUGAGUAGCUAGAUCUUGGGCCAUUAAUUGCGAGUGCUUCUACAUGCGCUUAGCGAAUGAUACUGUACUAACGGGGCGAGUGUGUUUCCUGAACCUUCCAAUGUUUUGUUGUUUAUGUUAAUAUUAACGAAUGCUGCUAUUUUUAAUCAAUAAAUGUAUGCUAUAUUUCUA